AUGACUUUUUCCUCGAGAAUCCCUGUUAUCUACGGCGGUGGCGGCAUUGGCGCGCCGGGAACAUUCUGCAAGCUCACGACUGCCGAAGCCGCCCAACCUGUCUUUGACGCCUGGUGCAAAAUCGUCGGCCCCUCCGCGAUCGAUACUUCCGAUCUCUAUGGCCUCGGGUCGUCCGAGGUCCUGAUUUCCCAGCUGAACUUGCACGGAUCUGUCGUGGACACCAAGAGCUACCCCCUUGCCCCCGGGGCCCAUUCGUACGAGAAAAUAAAGGAGGCGGCCAAUAAGUCGUUUGAGAAGCUCAAGGGCAUCAAGGUCCGCGUGUUUUAUCUGCACGCCCCCGACCGCACCGUCGACUUCAAGGAGACCCUCCGCGCCAUCGACGAGCUGCACAAGGAGGGAAAGUUCGAGCUGUUCGGGCUGAGCAACUUCCGCUCGUACGAGGUCGCCGAGUUCGUCAUCCUCGCGCGUGCUAACGGCUGGAUCGCGCCAACGGUUUACGAGGGGAUCUAUAACCCCAUCGACCGCACCGUCGAAACUGAACUCAUCCCGUGCCUCCGCCGAUACAAAAUCCGCUUCGCACCGUACUGCCCGGUCGCAGGCGGGCUGCUCGUGGGCCAUCUCCUCUCUGACAAAGACCAGCUCGCAAUGAUCGAGGAGGGCAGCCACUACGACCCCAAGCAACCGUUUGGGCAGUGGUUCAGCGCGCGCUACGGGCCCAUGAUCCCCGAAGUUCGCAAGCUUAAGGAGAAGGUCGAGGCGAAGGGCCUCAACCUCAACCAGGCGAGCGUGAGGUGGCUCCAACACCACAGUGCACUCAUCCCUAGCGAUUUGGGGAUUAUUUUUGGAGGGAGUAAGCCGGAGCAUGUCGUGGCGUCGUUGGGGUAUUGCACGGAAAGCCCGCUUCCUGCUGAACUCGUCGAGGCAUUCGAGGCGUGCUACAACGCCGUCAAGAGCGGAUUGCCAAACUACGAACACAACCCUGCGUGGUACAAGCCCGAGGUGCAUGGAUACUGA